AUGCCACCCACAGAGCUUGACGAUGAGAGACCGCCCAAGCGACAGCGUGUCUCCCGAGCAUGUGCGCCAUGCCGGUACGCCAAAUUGCGCUGCAAUGGUCAGCAACCUGUGUGCGCAACCUGCCGGCAGCAGAGAAAGAACUGCGUCUACGAGACUGGGGCUAAGCGUCGUGGUCUCCGUUCUGGCUAUGUUCGCGCCCUCGAGCUGUUGUGGGGUUUGACGCUUCAAGAAAUCGAGCAUGCCGAGCCAACAGUAAACAAUUUACUUGGUCGAUUGUCAAGGCAAGAUCUGGUGGCGAGCCUCGAUCGAGGGGAGCUCAACACGGCUGCCGCGGCUGUUCUCGAUCGCUGGAAGCAGAGUAGCAUCUUGCGACGUCUCGAUGACUUGCUGGACGAAAACGACGAGGAGAACGACGAAGCUGGUGCAGGAGGAGUCCCAGACGAGUCGCAGAAUCUGCGCCCCGAUCACCCACCAGGUUGGGUCAUCGUCAGGUACCAAAGGGACCAAAGCGAACCUACAAGCUCGAAUGUGGUCCGCCCCAACGUCAACGUUGAGGUGAACAUGUCGAGCUUGGAAUCCUGCUAUGCUUCACAAGUCUCUCACCCGCCGGAACGCUGGCCUCCAGCCUAUGCCUUUCAACUCUUGCUACUGUUCCUGGGCCAUGGCCAGUCGUGGCUACCGAUUCUAGAGCGUCAUACCCUUCUCAGGACAUCGUUCUCGUUUCAGAGAAAGCUGCCUUCAAUAAAGCACGGGGAUCGUGCCGUUUUAUGGGGAGUGUAUGCCUAUGCGUCAGCCACGUGCGGUCAUCUGUUGAACGCUGCCGAGGAGAGCCGGCAGGCCAAAGAAUGCUGCAAUGAAUUCCGCACGCAGGCUUACUCAAUGCUGCCACUCGAUUCGGAUCUACCUGUUGAAAUGGGCCACGUCCAAUGCGCAAUACUGAUUUCCCUCACUCGUCUCGGCUCUGGAGCGGUCAGAGCCUCUUGGCGGCUGGUCAGGAUGGCUAUCCAGAUGAUGAGGGAGAUGUCUCGUCAGUAUGGGUACACUGUCAAUCAGGACACCUUAGCAAAAGCAUGGCUCGCCUGCUUCCUUCUUGACACGCUCACAUCGGCCUGCCUACACAGUCAGCCAUUGUUGCAUUUCUGUGAUGUGGCCAACUGGUGCCACAUCGACGAAAGUGGUACAGAAGAAUGGCAGCCGUGGUGCCCACCUACGACAACUAACUACGGGCCCCCAUUGGACCUACCGACUCAUUCACUGAGUAUGCUCCUGCUCCAGGUGAAGCUGAUGCGUAUCUUGAACGAUUACUUGCACAACAAGAGUACAACCACUGAAAAAUCUCGAAAUGAUUUGAUUGACUGGAACCAAGAGCUACUAAGCUGCCUGUCUCGCGAAAGACUGACCUCUAUCCUCCAGAGAGAGGACCUUGAAAUUUUGCAAUUACCACCAAGCUUUACGAACCUGAGCAUCAUAUACACCGGCGUCUGGAAGCGGAUUAUGAAGCAACCACAAGACCCCAGGUGUACCCCAUCUUUGUCUGGCUGCGGACCGACAUAUCCGCUACUUUCGCACACCAAUCUACAGAAGCUACAACAGGAUCAGACAGCGUACAGCCGAUUACCUGCGUUGCAGCUUUUGACGUGGGAUGGGCCAGUCUCUGGCCUGAACAACCGACCUGACAAUUCCGUAGUAGUUUCCGAACCAGCUUUGGAGCUGCUAGAGGACGUGAACCUUGUAAUAGCGUCGCUCGACCCACCACGUACCAUACCAGAGCCUAAUUCGUCUCUCGCCAUGGACAUGGCUGAGCCUAUGCUUCCGGAGGUGAGUGACAUUUCAACUCAGGCGCGAGAGCCUUUCACGUCCUUCGAUGCGGUUUCGAAUCCAAAUCGGAUGGUCGACGCGGAGCAGGGUUCGGGCUCCGAAUUCCCCUCCUUUGAUUGCUACAUGGAUUCCACGGACGCACCUUUUCUUGAAUACUUGGACACACUUGAUGAGAGGCCAAUGUGA